GUAUCUAAAUAAAAUCUGGGCUCUUGAUCAAUGUGGGUUGUUGGGUUAGGCGAUGAGGCUUUAGACUAAAUCCCUCUUAACGGAACAACCUGGAACCUUUUCUAGUUCUGUUCACUAAGCAUUACGCAUCUUUAUCUCUCAGUCUGUCGGGUUCUGUACCCUAUCUCUGGAAUUCAUGGCUACCGUGCCACUCUUCUCACCUCUGGCAGCGUCAAACCCAGAAGCGGUGGGUCCCAAUAUCGGGGUCCCUAAAUCUUCUUUCCUCUCUACCACCAAGCUCUUCUUGUCGAAGAAGCCCCAUCCUAGAAAGCCUAGCGUUCACCGAUGUUGCAAGUCUCCCUUUGCCCAGUCACUCGACCACAUCCCCAAGCAGUUCAGACAAGAAAAUCUCAAAGAUGGAUUGAUGGACAAUUUUAAAAAUGUGCCACAAUCUCUUUAUGGUCUUAGUCCUUCACAAAUGGAGAUGUUCAUGACUGAAGAUAGUCCCUUUCGUCGACAAUCAGGAAAAGUUACUGAGGAAAGUAUCUCAUCUGCUAGGAGCUAUCUGGAUAAUGGAGGGAUGUGGACUAUGUCUAGCAUUAAGGCUAGAGGCCAUUCUAAUUAUAGUAUGAGUGCAAGCAUGUAUCAAGGAGGGGGUAGAGGAUAUGGAAGGCCUGGAACUGCUCCUCCUGAUUUGCCUUCAUUGCUCUUAGAUGCUCGGAUAUGCUUUCUUGGCAUGCCUAUUGUACCAGAAGUGACUGAGCUUAUUGUUGCUCAAUUAAUGUGGUUGCAAUUUGAUGACCCUUCAAAGCCUAUAUUCUUUUACAUCAAUUCUAGUGGGACACUGGAUGAGGAUGCGCAGCUUGUUGGUUCAGAAACAGACGCAUAUGCGAUAGCUGAUGCCCUGUCUAUGUGCAGUUCAAAAAUCUACACUCUGAAUUUUGCCAUGGCAUUUGGUCAAGCAGCAAUGCUUCUCUCUUUGGGAGACAAGGGUUGCCGUGGAGUACAGGCACAUUCAUACGCUAAGUUAUAUCUGCCCAAAAUCUACAGAUCAAGUGGGGCUGUAACAGAUAUGUGGAUAAAGGCCAAGGAAUUGGAUGUACAUGCUGAGUACUACAUUGAACUACUAGCAGAAGGCACCGGGAAGACCAUAGAAGAAAUUACUGAAGAUCUCCAGCGACCUAGACAUUUCGGAGCACAAGAAGCCAUAGACUAUGGCCUUGCAGACAAGAUAAUUGACUCAACAGAUAUUGCAAUUCAGAGACAGAAUCGUGAUGAGAAGCUUGCUCAAUCAAAGGCAAUGAUGAGAGGAGCUAUAGGUGGUACAGAUGCAGCUCCUUUAGAUGAUUAAAAAGUAUCAGUAUAAUACGUGAAGUAGGAACUUUGAGCUAGUCUGCUCUGUGUUCAACAAUAUUUCAUGCAAUGCACAUGUGGUUAUAUAUUAUUAGAUUUGAUCACACAUUUUACUCGCAGUGCAGAAAUGACAAUGUCCCAAACUGUGAGCAGCUAGUACUGUAGCACUUUCGCUUGGUAUAUCUGUUUUUCGGAUGAAAUAUAAUGUUAAAUUAUAUCUUUUAUAUGAGA